GAUUCUCGCCAAAUUUCGAACACAGUUUUGGCAUCAAUCUUCCUCAGCAAUGGCGGUUCCUAUGUUCAAUCUCGCCCCUCAACUCUCCGUCUCAAGGCUCUGCUUCGGAACCAUGACUUUCGGCGAGCAGAACUCGAUUUCUCAGUCGUUUCGCCUCCUGGACCAAGCUUCCAACGCCGGAAUCAACUUUUUCGACUCCGCAGAAAUGUAUCCAGUUCCUCAGCGUUCCCAAACUCAGGGACGGAGCGAAGACUACCUUGGCCGUUGGAUUCGUGACCGCAAGAUCUCUCGCGACCGCGUCGUCUUGGCCACCAAGGUCUCAGGACCAUCAGGGCAGAUGACUUGGAUUCGAGGAGGGCCAGAGUGCUUGGAUGCCACAAAUAUCACAGACGCCAUUGACAAUAGUUUGCUGCGACUGCAGACAGACUACAUUGAUCUUUAUCAGAUUCAUUGGCCUGAUCGCCAUGUCCCCAUGUUUGGAGAAACGGAUUAUGAUCCAACCCGGCAAUUUUGUUCAAUUAGUAUAGAGGAACAACUCGAUGCUCUUGGUAGUGCUGUUAGUGCUGGAAAGAUCAGAUAUGCUGGUCUCAGCAAUGAAACACCAUAUGGUGUUAUGAAGUUUGUUCAGGCAGCUGAACGAGACCCUUGCCAUCCAAAAAUAAUAUCUGUGCAGAACUCAUACAACUUGCUCUGCCGAACUUUUGAUUCUGGAAUGGCCGAAUGUUGUCAUCACGAGAGGAUCGCCUUACUGGCCUACAGCCCCCUUGCAAUGGGUAUACUUUCUGGGAAAUAUUUUUUGCCUGAUGGAGGUCCAGGAGAUGCUCGGUUAAAUAUUUUUAGAGGAAGGUAUUCAGAAGGGGAAUCCAGAUACAAUCUAUCCAACAAGAUCAUAAAAGCCGCUACUGUGGAAUACCUUGAUAUUGCAAAUAAAUUUGGUCUUCAUCCAGUAUCUCUUGCAAUUGCUUUUGUCUUGAGACAUCCUCUUGUCGGGAGUGUUAUUUUCGGAGCUACCAAGUCUUGGCAGCUUCAGGAGAUUCUAGAUGCGUGCAAGGUUAACCUAGCACCCGAAUUAAUUGAGGAAAUUAACAAGGUUCACUCAAAGUAUCCUAAUCCAUGCCCCUAAUCAACAUUCAUCUUACUGAUCUGUCCUUGAUGUUUUAAUGGAAAUCAAAUCACACAUAACAAACUCAGAAUUUGGUAGGCUGUGAUUGGUGAUGCUUUUCCAUUUAGUAUCUUCAUUUGUAGAAAAAAGGGGUAAUUAACAUGUUGAUGAAAGUUAAUUUACCAACUAAAAAUGCU